CAGCCUGACAAGAGUAGACUGCCAGCAAGUUUGCUUUCCUUCAUGACCAUAGCCAGUUUUGAAUGAGGGACAGCAGAAGAAGAGUGUUUUAAAUCACCACUGAUUUGGGCCAUCAGCAGGACAAUGGUGCUUUGUUUUCUGAGCGUAACACUGCAACUAGCAAGACAUUCAUGCAGUCCACUGGGGAGACAACUCUGUUCAGCCAGUGCAAAUAAGCCAGUGUUGACUUUAUUCACCAAGAAACCGUGCCCACUAUGUGACGAAGCAAAAGAAGUCCUUGAGCCAUAUAAGGGAAGGUUUAUUUUGCAGGAGGUGGAUAUUACCCUUCCAGAGAACUCAGCAUGGUAUGAUAAAUACAAAUACGACAUACCUGUUUUUCAUUUAAAUGGGAAGUUCCUCAUGAAGCAUCAUGUAGACGUUCAGAAGUUUGAGGACAAGCUUACGAAGCUGGAGUUGCAAAAUGAUGGAAACCAGUGAAGAAAACGCAGCUGCUCUGGUAUGGAUCUGAAAAGACUGUGCAUCAUAAAUUGUGGGAAAAAAAGCAGUAUUCGUUAUCUGGCCUUAUGUUUCUUAGAACGUAUGGUACCAGUGUCCUAAAAAAACUUGAGUGAAUUGUAUUCUAUUUUGUGUUGAUCAUCCAGCCUGGCUACACCGGUAGCAACCUUUUCUGUACCAUUCCUUUGGUGCUAUCCUAGGCUGGCUUUUAUUGACAGAAUAAAUGCUGGUCCAUAACAGCAGAUAAAGUGAAAUGUGUUUGCAUUGGGUUUGCAUGGUGAGGUUUUGGUAGUGGGGAGCACUACAGGAACGGGUUCUGUGAGAAGGUGGUAGAAGCUACCCCCACGUCUGAUAGAGCCAACACCAAGACAGACCCACUGCUGGCCAAAGCUGAGCCAGUCAUUGAUGGUGGUAGUGCCUCUACAAUAACAUAAGUAGGUGGAGGGGAAACCUGAGCAAUCGCAGCUGGAUAGAGGAGUGAGAGUAUGUGAGAGCAACAGCUCUGCAGACACCAAGGACAGUGAAGAAGGAGGGGGAGGGGGUUCUACACGUGCUGGAGCAGAGAUUCCCCUGCAGCCCUUUGUGAAGACCACGGUGGGGCAGGCUGGCCACCUGCAGCCUGUGGAGGUUACUGGAGGAGCAGAUGUCCACCUUCAGCCUGUAGAGCACCCCAUGCCAGAGCAGGUGGAUGUGUGCGGAGGAGGCUGUGACCCUGUGUGAAGCCUGUGCUGGAGCAGGUUUGCUGGCAGGACCUGUGACCCCGUGGGGGACCCACACUGGAACAGUCUUUGUUCCUGAAGGACUGCACCACGUGCAAAGGAUCCACGCUGGAACAGUCCAUGAAGAACUGCAUCCAUAGGAAGAACUUGCAUUGGAGAAGUUUGUGAAGGACUGUCUCUGGUGGCAGGGACCCCAUGCUGGAGCCAGGGAAGAGUGUGAGGAAUCCUUCCCCUGAGUAGGAAACAGCUGUGGACACAACGUAUGAUGAACUGACCACAACCCAUAUUCCCUGUCCCCAGGUGCAGCUGGGAGGGAUGGAGAUAGAGAAAAUCAGGAGUAAAGCCUUACUGUACUUUUAUGCCUGCUGCCUUACCUGAUGUGGUCGUUUACAUCGUAGAGGAAGAGUAAAUUGAGGAGAUUGUUAAAAAAAAAAAACCAAGCUGAAACUUCUCAGGAGUAAGUGAGUGAAAUUGAGUAACCCAGCAAAGUGUGAUGCUUUCCCCAACAUGAGGAAAAAAAAAAAGGCAAAACUUGAAAUAGCAAUAUGCUUCUUGAAUUGUAUGUUGCAGCAUAGGUUUGCCCUGUCUACAGUUCUUUUCAUCACCAUUGACAGAAGAACAGGACCCUAGAGACAAAACCUUCUAUUUUCUGCAGUUCAUAAUGCUACAGUCAAACUUCUAAGUGUACCACAAGUUACUGUUAAAUAAUAGGUCUGAAUUACCUCUGUAUCAGCAAGCGUCAUUUGCUUUCCUUCUAUAAUCUGACAUGGUUGCAAAGGGCCCAGGCUUUUCCUUAGUGAGGCUUUGUAAUAAGAGAACUGGCAUAUAGCACUUUUCAACCAUAGUUCAAGCACUUUUCUAAAAUAUAGCAUUAUUAUCUCAAAGAUAUGGAGGACAGAGGUCAUGUGGGCUUGCCCCAUUUCCCAAUAUAUAUCACUGACAGAGGCUGGAACAGCCAUCAGAGAGCAAUUUGCCUUUGUUUUAUUUUUAAUAAGGUCUGUUUUGGGAAGGAAAAAAAAAGGAAGCUAAAAGCAAACUUCUUAAUCAUAUAGGAGAUGAUGAAUCCCUUUUUCCUUAUUCGCUAAGUCUGUGGAGGUUUUCUUCUGUAGGCAGUGCCAGAUUUUUUUCCCCCCUUUAUUUUUUAAAGCGAAUGAUAACAGGAUUUUUAUAAUAGCUUUUGUCUUUAUUAGUAAGAUGGAGGUUUUCCAUUCGUUCUGGCUGUGGGUGCUAGCAUAUAAUGUACGGGGAAGGGCUGGCUGCUUCUUCCAGCUCUUCUGGUGUAUAAUCAAACACAGCCCGGCAUUGUGCAUCCCUCAAUCCUAUUUUCUUGUCAACACAGGUAGUAGAUUCAGAUGCAUGAGAAAGGUCCAUGUAGACCCAUGUGCUAGCAACAGGCGUGGACUCCAGGGUGAAUGUUCUGUGCUGUGGAAAGAUCACUGCCAGCCGCUCUUCUCCAAAUGCCACCCCUGUCCUUCCAAAGCCAAAACAUAAGAUAUACUUUCCAAUGGUGUCCAAGAAGAUGUCACUGUUCUACUGUUUCAGAAGCCCUAGUCUAGUCAGUUUGGACACAAAAACAGGAGGUGGAAACAUGUCAAUUGGAGCAUUGGUAGCACACCUCACAGAAGCCAUGCACCAGUUGUUUCCAGAUAAAGCACCACAUGGACAAGGUGAUGUGCAAGAGGCUGAUGGUUCAUUUUGCACUGUAGGUGCUACUGCAGGAUUCGUAUUGCAAAAUUAGGUUGUGUCAUGGUUGGAUGUUAUUCCCUUCUCUGUUACCUUCUCUGAGGAACACAAAAUAUGAAGGAAAAACUCUGGGAGGCCACCUUCUCUUCUGAAGAUGUCAGCUCUGCUCAGUGGAAUAAGGUGGCACUCAAUAACUAUCUUCACAUGUGAACGCUAAGAGUUCACAUCUUCUAAGUAGUGGAUCAGACACAGAAGUGUUUCAGCAUUCCAUUUCCCUGCCAUUAUCAGUCCUAAAAAUAGUCAUGUGAAUUCAUGAUCCCACAGGCAAAAUAAUUUGUUAAUCCCAAUGGGACCAGAAUUUUAUCUCAAAUAGUUAACUGCUUUCCAUUUCCUUUGACAUGUGAGAAGACUGAACAAGUGCUUGUGUGACUUACCAUGACUAACAGGUCUGCCACCUUCAUUUUCCAAAAAACAAGAAAGGAUGUAUCAAACGUAAAUUUGUGGGGUUUUUCUUCUUUUGGAAUACAGGAAAUGCUGCAGGCUCCCAACAUAUGCAUCUAUCUAAUCAAAUGUGUUAAAGUAUAACCUUAAAAUGAAAAUAUGCUGAAUGUGUAUUUAUGGAGGCAUAUGCAACUCUGUGAAAACUGGCAGUUUACUCUUUUGACAGUGAAUGUUGGCAGGAGUGGAAAGCUCUGUAGUGUACUAUCUCAGUAAUGUAAAAAGAGCUUGAAUACAAGAUGAAUUUAUUUCCUGUUUCUGGCCAAUUAAAAAGCACAUACAUGA